AGAUUUUACACUAGUUAACGACGAUGUCACAAUUUAGGAAAAGGUAGGAGAUUGAAAAAAAUGUAGGAAAAAAAAAAAAAAAAUAGGUAGUAAAAGAAAAUUAUUUAGAUUUGGUUACCAAGUCGUUCUAGUACAGCUUUUUUCUUCCUUCUUUGACUGAAUGCAAUGCUUGUUGAUUAACGCAGUGAAGAGCAAGAGUACAAGAGUAAGAACCAGCCAAAGAAGCAUCGUAAUAAACAGGAUUCGUUCGUAUUCGGACGCUUUUGAGGAAGAUUUUGUUUUAUUUCACUUUCUCCUUUAUCGUUUUAUAACGCUUCGUCCUGUAAAAGAACUGACAAUACCUCUUUCCCUUGUUUCUUUUGACAGUGUUUUGAAAGUUUGUUGCAUUAAAUGGAUCAGGAGAAGAAUUGGAUAGAUGAGUUUCAUCCUUCAUCUUUUACAAAUCCUAUAGAAAAGCUAAACGCAAUUCUCCCCAAGCAAGGGACACCUCAACAGUUGGCAACUUCGUCGCAGCAAUUACUCAAUCAGUUUCAGUCAACCUUGAACAAUAACCUUUCUGUAUUGAAUAAUCAAAUCCAGCAAAUAUGUGGGAAUUUACCUCGUUUGCCAACCAUGGUUUCAGCCUUAGAUCAUGAUAGUCGACUUCUUUCCCAAACUUGCGACUCAUUUCCUUUCAAGGAGGAUUCUUUGAACGCUCUUCAAGAACUUGAAGAAAUUCGGAAGAAUUUAGGACUUACGAUUGCUGAAAUCGACAAACAGUUUUAGGUAAAACUUAUUUGUACACUGUCCUUAUCCAAAAAUUUGUCGUAGAAUGAUCUAUUUUUUAUGUCUGUGCCUCUUUGACUUAUCCUCUCUAUUUUAUUAAUUUCCUUGCUUUUUUUAUAUUCAACUUACGAAAGCGAAAGCGCCUGUAAACUUUUAUUAUUUUGCAUAUUUCCCAUUUACACAAUCCUACGUUUUUUUUCAUAAUAAUCUAAAUUUAAUAAGAAACUCUUUGAUUUCAUACACAUCAAUGCUAUUUCCACUUACAUUCCCGUGUAAGUCUG